AUGCACUCUGCACCGUACGCUUAUAGUGGCUUCCAUAGUACGAACGACCGGGUUUCACGAUCAACUACUACAACGUGUAUUCCCUAUAGCAAGAGGCACCCGAAGAUGAAUUGGAGGACGGAGCUCGAGAGCGUGCGAAACGUAGAGUCCCGAAUCGAUCGUGGGGUGGAGAAGUUGCUUAAUGAAGGAGGAACUCGAAGAGGUUCUCCCGAAUACCUACGUCAGCUCAUAUGUGCCAUUCAUCAUCACUUCGCUGCUGGUGCUGCUACUGCAUGUCGCGCGCAGCGCUGCAUUGGUCGGUAUCACGAGCUUCUCUAUAUAACAAGACUGCAGGCAGAACAUGGGCACAAUAUCUCUCCCAUAAACUUCUUCAACUUUUCAGGUCCACCUGGCACCCGGUCCAUCUGGUACAGAUACUACGACGGCUGCCACGCCGUGCAUACGUCAUUAACGUGGAGGUCGAGAGAGGCUUGUCCUCUCCUUCUCCCAACUUCUCAACAUCCCCUCCUCGCCAACAAACAAAACUCCCCUGAAAGCCUCUUAGCAACAGAGAUCCGAGAUGACUGUGAAGGAUGGGAUCAGAGGAGGGAGAGCGCGCAGAGAUGGUUUUGGGAGGAUGAGGAUGCGGAGAUGGACAUGGAGAGGACACGGUGCCCACUGUCCAAGCUAUGGCACUGUUACUUCGCACUCAAACACUCUUUCUUUGCAAACGAAGCCUCUGUUGAAAAUGGGUGUUUUAUCACAAAGUAG